UUGGUGCAGAAACAAAUGAAAUCCAGACAGUGUCAGUGAUGGAGGGAGAUUCUGUCACUUUAAAAACUAAUGUUACUGAAUUAAAUGGAGAUGAAGACAUAACAUGGAAAUAUGGAGCUGAAAAGUAUCUCAUAGUUAAAAUCAGUGAUGAGAAACAAACGUUUUCAACAUUAGAUGUUCAUGAUGAGAGAUUCAGAGACAGAGUGAAGCUGGAUAAUGAAACUUUAUCCCUGACCAUCACAAACAUCACAACUCAACACGCUGGAGUCUAUGAACAACAGAUAAGGGGAGCAAAACUGUCAACAAAAACAUUCAGUGUUUCUGUUUAUCCUCAUAUGCCUGUUCCUACCAUAACCAGAGACUGUUCUUGUUCAUCAUCAUCAUCAUCUUGUUCAUUGCUGUGUUCAGUGGUGAAUGUGAGUCAUGUGACUCUCUCCUGGUACAAAGGAAACAGUUUAUUGUCCAGCAUCAGUGUGUCUGAUCUCAGCAUCAGUCUCUCUCUACCUCUGGAGGUGGAAUAUCAGGAGAAAAACAGCUACAGCUGUGUGAUCAACAAUCCCAUCAGAAACCAGACCACACAUCUGAAUAUCACUCAACUCUGUCACACAUCUUCAGCAUCGGAUGCAAACUUUAAUUUACAACAAGACUUUCUAAUGGUGCUGAUUUCUGCUCCUGCUGGAUCUCUGUUGAUUGUAGCUGCAGUUGGGAUCUUUUGCAUCAGCAGGAAACAAAGAAAAACUGAUCAAGAAGGCAAGAGUUUCCUAAAUGACAAAUAUGUUUUGUUUAAAAGCAAAUGUGUUAAUGCUGUCAAAAAUAAUCUGGCAUUAAAUCCUCAAUUGCAUACAUUAAUGCUUGUUGUACAGAAAAAAAUCUAG